AUGAAGACUACCGUCUUUGUCACGCUUCUCUCUGCGGCUGCUUCGCUCGUCAGCGCCGGCAUCGUCGUCACGCCUGUUUUCUUUAACCAGAUCGUUGAGAAGCUCUCUGGCGAUUGUCCUUUUGGCGUAGUUACUCCUCAAGGUUGCGCUCCUCAGCGCGGUUAG